CUGCCCAUCCAUAACCCUAAACCGACCCCUCACUUUAUUCCUCUUUGUUCUGCAAUAUUUUCUUUUCUCUAUAUAUCUUUGUGGACUCGCAGCUGCUAUAAACUUCCCUGUGGUGGUGUAAUUGAUCAUCAUGUCCUAGAAGAACAACUGUCAUAUAAUAGCUAAGCUACCUCAUCAAAUUAAAGACCGUUUACAUGGAGGAUUAUGGGGAUGAAGCAAAGAGUACAGGUUGCCCACGUGGACAUUGGAGGCCUGCCGAGGAUGAAAAACUCCGGCAACUUGUCGAGCAAUACGGUGCACAGAACUGGAACUCUAUUGCUGAGAAGCUUCAAGGAAGAUCAGGAAAGAGUUGUAGAUUGAGGUGGUUUAAUCAGCUAGACCCGAGAAUCAACCGAAGGCCGUUCAGCGAGGAAGAGGAAGAGAGGCUUCUGGCAGCACAUCGCAUUCAUGGAAACAAGUGGGCGCUGAUAGCAAGGCUUUUUCCCGGUCGGACUGAUAAUGCUGUGAAGAAUCAUUGGCAUGUUAUAAUGGCAAGAAGGCAAAGAGAACAGUCCAAAGUUUGUGGGAAGAAAAGUUUCCAAGAUUUCUUUAACGAUCACUCACCAAAUUCCUCCUCAAUUUCCAACAAUUUUGAUGCAAGCAGGAAAUUAAGAUCCCAAGGAUCAUCAAUCGGGUUUGGUCGGAAUAAUAUUAGUACUAAGUUCCUUGAAUUCCAAAACCCGAAUAAAGAUAGGGCAAUGUUCAUGGAUUCAAGGCCUACUAGCUCCUUUCCUUAUAAUUGGAACUUUGCUUCAAUGUCAACAACAUCAAACAACUCAUCUUCAGUGGAUUUAUUGGGAAGAGAAAGAAGAGAUUACAUCAACAAUGGUAGUUCUAAUUAUACGAUUUCUGAGCUCUCGAAAGGUUCGCAUCCUCAACUCGUUCAUCGUAGACAUAAUCCGACUUCCUCAUUCCUGUAUGGUUGCUAUAGGGGUUCUUCUAGUAAUGCAUUUGGGCGUCCAACUUACAGUAGCCCUUUUGGGUGCCCCAGUAAUCAUGCCGACCGUCUUAUUAAUCGUCAGGAUCAACACGGAAGUACGUUCAAGGAAGUGUUGCCUAAUCUUUAUGAGAAUGCAUCAACGUUGCCAAAGUGGAGGGUUGCAGCUACAACUACUAAAUUUGAUGACCAUGAUCCUCAAGAUCACGUGUCUAUCGAUCAUCACAAGGAAACUCCCUUCAUAGAUUUUCUUGGUGUGGGGAUCUCUUCUUAAUAAUCAUGCCCAAACUAUGGAAAUUUAAUUUAAUAUUUUUUUUAUAUUGUUGUAUUUUCAAAAGGGAGGGCAUGCAGAUAUUUAGGAUAUAUUAUAGCAGUUAAUAUAUUAUGACCGAUGAUACUUACCCUAGUUCUUGUAUUUAGGGACACCCGCCACCGGUUUGUAGUUGCUAGUACUCAAAUUAGUUCUCUAGGGUUGAGGUUUUCAAGAAUCAAAUAUUUAAUAUAUGUUGUCCUUAAUGAUAAAAAAGUUGUUGAUGAUUUUCUCUGCUA